UUUGAUUAUAAUUAUAGAAAUUUAAGUGAAUCAGCAUUGAAAUUAUUAAAACUAUGGCCAACUGAUGAUCAAAUUUCACAAACGAUCAAACAUUCUCAUCAAUUAGUUUGUGAACUUGCGGAAUUUCUUAAUAUUAUUCAGCCUAUAGAUGAUUUUUUUAAAUCUAAUUUUCCACAAGUAUUUGUUGUUAUUCAUGAAGAAGAGGUUUCAACUAAUAUAGAGAAUGAAACAAUUAGUUCUACAAAUAAUAAUAAGCAAAAUGAAGAGAAUGAAAUUAAUAUUUCUAUGGCAAUAACCGAAGCUUCUUGUAAAAUGAAACAUAUUACAACACAAGAGUAUAAUGAAGAAAUUCUAUCAAAUAAUUUGUUUCAAGAAGGAAGUUUGCAGUUAAAUAUAGUUAAUCGCUCUAAUGAAGACUUUUCUAUUUUAUAUAAUGGUGAUAGAUUUCAAUAUAGAUUAGAAAAUAAUUUAGAUUUUGAACUCUUAUUACAACAACGACAAAGACAUGAAGCUUAUACUUCAAGAUCACUAGAGCAAAAGCUUAAUAUUAAAUCUGUUUCUACAAAAUUUAAUAUUAAUACUACAAUGACAAUUCAUCUGAAUAAGGCUAGCCAUAUUGUUGCAUAUUUUUCUAAAAAUGAAAAUCCUGAAGAAAAAUCAGUUAAACAACGUGAAAAACGAUAG